AUGAUAUGCCAGCCCUUUGGCGUCUGUGAGCCUUGCCCGUCGGCGGCACUCAGCCAACCCUUCUGCCAACCAUUUGGCAAUCGUCGAUUAAUGCACUGCACAGAGGCAAGCAUGUCACCCGAAGGGACCCCAGCGAAUACAGGAACAACACCAGAAGGAGAGCAUCUCGCUUGGGAGCCCUGCGGACGGAUAGUAGGAAAAGAACGAGCAGAUUUUUACGAAUUUGUGGCUUGCAAUCUGUUGUUUGCCAUCGUAUCCCUCUUCAUCCUGUUCGCAAGAUCCCGACGGUUACAGCUCAUUCAUGCUCGGCAGCUGGCUGCGAGAAUAGGGCUCAGUAGAGGCAGGCGUUGA